CAUUAUCACACUUCAACAAAAGCUAACAAGACGCAGGAAAGGCUCCAGGAGCGAAGUGCUCUGAAUUCGGGAAUGGGGAGCAGUGCGACAUUUGACCUAAAAAUAUCGGAGAUUGUUUUAAAUCCGCUCCUGAUCUCCAAGGAACAUGAACGGACGCGUCUGGAACAGAGCGAAACAAAGCUGGAGCGACAAAUGCUCGUGCGACAACAACAACUGGCUGGAUCUCCCCCCAUCCUCUCUUCCUCUUCCCCGUCUCCUGCCCCACCCCCUGGCACUUUAAUCAAGCAGAGCCGCUACAAAAACAGGAGCGGAGUGCGGGGGAAUGGCGAACGGAGCGUAGAAAGGGGGGCCCGGAGAAUCUUGAGCGCAACGCGCAUGGCCAUAAGUAAUAAAAUAAACACGGACCGAGGCACAGAAAGGAAAAAGGAUGGCAAAAAGGCAGAAGGCGCAAUGUGUACAUAAAUCUUUUUGGUGGAGCG